CAGUUUAUAUAAGUCCAACUCUAAGCUACAUACACAACACCAUCCAAUUUCUCUGCUUUGUUGCUACUGUCGCUUCCGAACAUCUAUGGCUCUUGCAUCACAUGAUUCCGAUGCAAAACUUGAGAAACAAGAAGAUGAUGCCUUUAUGUUUGCGCAAAUGGCAUGUUCAGUUGUGGUUCCAAUGGCUGUGAGGACCACAAUAGAGCUUGGUGUAUUUGAGAUCAUAGCAAAAGAAGGCGAAGGUGCAAAGCUCUCAGCAAAAGACAUUGUGGAUCGCAUUGGAAGCAACAACCCUGAAGCAGCAUCAAUGUUGGAUCGUGUUCUAAGGCUUCUUGCAAGUCAUUCAUUACUGUCUUGUUCUGUUGUUGAAGAUCCAGAAAGCUCUAAUAACUUGCACCACAGGCUACUGUAUAGCCUCUCACCUGUUUCCAAAUACUUUGUGACUGAUGCUGAUGGUGUGUCUUGGGGACCCUCUUUGGCGCAUCUUCUGGAUAAAGUCUUAUAUCCAUGCUGGAGUGAACUAAAAGGAGCGAUCUUAGAAGGAGGUAUACCAUUCAACAGGGUUUAUGGUAUGAAUAUGUUCGAGUAUGCAAAUAUUGAUCCACGGUUCAACGAGAUUUUCAACAAAGCUAUGCUCACAUCCUCCACUAUAUCAAUGAAGAGGAUUCUUGAUGUCUACAAAGGCUUCGACCACAUCAAUAAACUGGUUGACGUUGGUGGCGGUCUUGGGGCCACUCUCAACUUGAUCACUUCCAAAUACCCUAAUAUCCAGGGUGUCAAUUUUGAUUUGCCUCAUGUUAUAGAAAAUGCCCCCAUCUAUGCUGGUGUGGAGCACAUAGGCGGAGAUAUGUUCGAGAGCGUUCCCAACGGGGAUGCAAUUUUUAUUAAGAACAUACUUCAUGAUUGGGAUGACGAAGGAUGCUUGAAGAUAUUAAAGAAUUGUCGGAAGGCUAUACCGAAUGAUGGGAAGGUGAUUGUGGUGGACAAAAUUCUUCCUGCAAUGCCAGAGCAGACAGACUUUGCUAAGAUGACUUUCAGGUCUGAUGUUUUCAUGAUGAUUCAAAUGUCAAAAGGAAAGGAACGAACCCUCCAAGAUUUCAUGCAUUUGGCCAAAGCAUCUGGAUUUAGUAGCAUAACAUUGAUUUGUAAUGUAUCCAGCUUAUGGGUCAUGGAGUUCUUCAAUCAGUAGCCACACCACAAACUUUCAAAUGUCUUAGAAACAAGAGUUAAUAAUUUAGUUUUGAUAAAUUUUAAGUUAAAUCAUCAGUUAGGUCUUUAUAUC